AAAAUCUAUGACCAUGGUUCAAAUCUCCUGUAAACCCAGGGUGUGACUAGAUUCUCAAAAUGCCCUUCCCAAACCUUCAAAUUUACCGUUCAUUUUCCCGGCUCUCGUCACCCAACGACGCUCUCUUAGCAGACAAAGCACUAACGUUCCUUAGACGUCACCCCUACCAGCUAAACUCUCUAUCUUCCGAUUUCACCUCUGAAGCUGCAUUGAAUUUACUCCUAAGGAUUCAGUCCGACCAAACCCUAACCCUAAAAUUCCUGAAAUGGGCUCAACCCCAUCCCUUCUUCACCCCCAAAUUGAAAUGCCUAACCCUCCACAUUUUAACCAAAUUCAAGCUCUACAAUUCCGCCAAAACUCUGGCCCAGAGUCUCGCUGUCAGUUUAACCAACGAUGAAGGCAGUAUCGUCUUUUCGUGCCUGAAAGACACGUACCACCUCUGCGACUCGAGCUCAAGCUCGGCGGUUUUUGAUUUAGUGGUAAAAUCUUAUUCUAGUUUAAACAUGAUUGAUAAAGCUUUAAACGUUGUUAAUUUAGCAAAGUUAAAUGGUUUUAUGCCUGGUGUUUUGUCUUAUAACGCAAUUUUGGAUUCAAUAAUUAGGACUAGAGGUAAUAAUUGGGUUAAAUUUGCUGAGAAGGUGUAUGAUGAAAUGAUUAGAAGUAAAAUUUCACCAAAUGUGUUUACUUACAAUAUAUUGAUAAGGGGAUUUUGUGUGGAGGGGAAUUUGGACAUGGGGUUGCGGUUCUUUAGUCAAAUGGAGAAGAAUGGGUGUUUACCUAAUGUGGUUACUUAUAAUACUUUGAUUGAUGGAUAUUGUAAAUCGAGGAGAAUUGAUGACGCUUAUAAGUUGCUCAGAACGUUGUCUCUGAAAGGUAUUGAGCCAAAUUUGAUUUCUUAUAAUGUGAUCAUUAAUGGGUUGUGUAAAGGAGGGAGGCUAAAGGAAACGAGUGAGGUUUUAAAGGAGAUUAGUAGGAAGGGGUUUGUUCCAGAUGAGGUGACUUAUAAUACACUGGUGGAUGGAUACUGUAAGGAGGGGGACUUUCAUCAAGCACUUGUUUUGCAUGCAGAGAUGGUGGGGAAUGGGUUGCGUCCCAAUGUGGUUACUUAUACGGCAUUGAUUGAUAGUAUGUGUAAGGCAGGAAAUCUGAAUAGGGCAAUGGAAUUUUUUGAUCAGAUGCGUGUUAGAGGGCUUCAUCCAAAUGAGAGGACAUAUACAACAUUGAUCAAUGGGUUUUCACAGCAGGGGUUCUUGAAUGAAGCUCACCGGCUCCUGAUUGAAAUGACUGAGAAUGGUUUUGUGCCUUCAAUAGUGACUUACAAUGCUCUUAUAAAUGGACAUUGUAUAGUGGGAAGGAUUGAAGAGGCUCUUGGAGUGAUUCAGGUUAUGGUUGAGAAAGGGUUGACACCAGAUGUUGUAAGUUACUGUACAAUUAUAUCUGGAUUUUGCAGAAACCAGGAAUUGGACAAGGCAUUUGAAAUGAAGCAGUGGAUGGUUGAGAAGGGUGUUCCACUGGAUGCUGUUACUUACUCUACACUCAUUCGAGGUCUGUGUGAUAAAGGGAGACUGAUAGAAGCUUGUGACCUUUUCCAAGAGAUGUUGAAUAGUGGUCUGUCCCCUGAUGAAAUUACCUAUACAACAUUGAUCAAUGCUUAUUGCACGGAAGGAGAUAUAAGUAUGGCUUUUCAUUUGCAUGAUGAAAUGAUUCAGAAAGGCUUCCUUCCAGAUGUUGUUACCUACAGUGUGCUUAUCAAUGGACUUAAUAAACGAACUCGGACUAAAGAAGCAAAGAAGCUUCUGCUCAAGUCGUUCUAUGAUGAAUCUGUCCCAACUGAUGUUACUUAUAAUACUCUGAUAGAGAAUUGUAGUAAUAUUGGAUUCAAAAGUGUGAUGGCUCUUUUAAAGGGAUUCUGUAUGAAAGGUUUGAUGAACGAAGCUGAUCAAGUUUUUGAAUCAAUGAUUCAGAGGAACCACAAGCCUAAUGAAGCGGUUUAUAACAUUAUUAUUCAUGGUCAUAGUGGCAGUGGAAAUGUACAGAAGGGAUAUGAACUGUACAAGGAAAUGGUGCAGUAUGGUUUUGUUGCUCAUACUGUGACAAUUAUUGCUCUAGCGAAAGCUUUAUUCAUGGCAGGUAUGAAUGAGGAGUUGAGCUUAGUUGUAGGGCAUACACUAAGAAGCUGUAGGCUUACUGAUGCUGAACUUGCAAAAGCGCUCGUUGAAAUCAACCACAAAGAAGGUAACAUGGAUGCAGUUCUCAACGUGCUUACUGAAAUGGCCAAGGAUGGCCUCCUUCCAAACAGUGGAAGAAGCACUAACCAUGGGAUAUAAAAAUAUGGUAGAUUCUCAGAUCCUUUCGGAAGUGCUGAGCUUUCUUGUUUGUCUUCAGUUAUGAUUGUUCAUUUUUCUUGGUGAUGAUGCCACAACCCUUGCAAGCUUUGUGGAGAUUUUGGAUUUAUGACUGCAUGUCCUGCUCUUGCCAGCAAUUUGUCAAAGUCUUAUUGGUCUUUAUAGGUCUAUAGGUUUUGGAGAUCUGAAGAGAAGCAUCCAACGUGAGAGAAAGACAUAGAUCCAUUGAUCCAGAAAAGAGAAGCUGGGAGCUGAUAUCCAUCCCAACAAGAGGAAAGGAGAAAAGCCCAAAGAAAGUAGCAGUAUAUAUGUGCCCAAGUUUCUUAUACCUAAGAUUCCUCCUGAUAAUCAGCUCUAGAAUCUUGUAUUAAUGUGCCCAAAUGACAUGUUAUACCUUUUUCAGCAGGCUUAGCAUUCCUAGAGUGUGUUGUGCUCAAUAAAAUUUGACAUUAAGAUGAUCACUCGUCAAUUGAGUGGAGUAGGAUCACAAACAGGAUAACAAUGAACUUGAUAGCCACUGCCUGUCGACUAGCCAAUAAAAAAUAGAUAUGUAAUUCUAUGUCAAGCCUUAAAUCCACUAGAGUGUUCUUUUCGCAGCA